AUGGCGGAAUCCGCAGGCAAGGUACCAUUGCAUAGUAAUAUUCAUUCUACAACUAAUAAUGAUAUUCUUUGGGAUCCUUUUUCUCAUUCGGAUAAUGAACCUACUCCUCAGAGUUUAUUACGUAUUAGAAGAGAGAUAAAAUCAUUAUAUGAAGAUCCUCCGCCGAACAUAUUUGUUGUUGCUGAUGAAAAAGACAUAACUGUCAUUCAUGCCCUUAUUGCCGGAGCCUUUGAUACACCGUACGAAGGAGGUUUUUUUUAUUUUUUACUCAAAUUUCCUGGAAGUUACCCAUUAUCCCCGCCGUGGGUUAAAUUUAUGACAACGGAUGGGGGUACCGUAAGGUUUAAUCCAAAUUUAUAUAAAAAUGGAAAAGUAUGUUUAAGCACAUUGGGAACCUGGCCUGGACCAGGUUGGAGUCCAGCCAAUACUUUGUCAUCUUGUUUAAUAUCCAUUCAGAGUUUAUUGUCUGAAAAACCCUAUCAUAAUGAGCCAGGUUAUGAAAAAGAAAAAUUUUUUGGGGAUAGUCAGAGGUAUAACGAAGUUAUACAGCAUGAAACAUUAAGGGUAGCAGUUUGUGGAAUGAUUGAAAAUGACACUGGUUUGUCAAUACCUUCAUCGUUGGUAGAUAUAAUGGAAAAAACAUUCCUAGAACUUUAUGAUAUUUAUGAAGGAAUCGCUAGAAAGAAUAUGCAUUUAAAUAAACAAAAAAUGUGUGAUCCAUUCGGUGAAAAAAGAGGUGUUUUCCAAUAUGAGACAUUAUUAAGACGUUUGUUAGAAUGUAAGAAAAAAGUUAUUUGUAAAAUAAACACUGUUUCUAAUGAAUCUACAUCAUCCUCAUCUUCUUCAACAUCAUCUUGCACUUUAGAUUUAGAUAUAUCACCAUCAUAA